CACCCUCACAGUUGGUUGAUCGCUCGCAAGCUGACUUUUUAUAAAUAGUUUUCGGAAACUUCGGUUUUCAUAAGCAGGUACAAAACUGAUACAAUGUUCUAUUACUUGACCAAAUUUUAAUUAUCCAAGGAAGGUUCGAUCUAUUAACGACUGUGAAUUAGUGGACCCAAUGUCAUAGAACAAAACUUCUACUUGUUGAAACCUGAAAAAAAUCUGUGGCCUUAAUCCUGGUUUCACUGUUGCACGGCGUCAAGUCCUCCACCAUGAGCCAUUUUAAGUACAGCGAGAUAUCCACUGAACGUGUGAUGAUUUCCCUAAUGUCUUCAACGUCCCUACAGUUUGAUGAAGACGCGCCUCUCCCAAUUUCUACAGUCCCUCCUAACAGUAACUGGAAUACCAAGAGCUUACAUGUGGAAACCCUAAGUGUAGAGGCCACUAGCGUCAAUAUUACCACACAAUUCGUUUUUGAUGACUGGAUACCCGAUGUAAAACCGCACCCGGUGGCGCCGUUCCCCACACUAACUCCUGUGUAUUUUGAGCCAGUGAAUGACCAGAUCAGGAACUGGAUCGGUGUGUGUAUCCUGAUCAUGGUGGCCACGGUCUUCACCUUGUGUUCUGCCCGAAGCCUCUACAAAGAAUGCCGAAGGACGUGGCCGUACAGCCCGUUGAGGCGGCGUCUGAGGCGUUGGUUUCCCAGUUGGUUUGUCGAGGCGCCAGAACCCGUGGUGGAAUUUAUCCACGUUAAUAACCCCCACGAUAACCCGGUGUUCAACCCACAAUACGGUCUGGAAGAUCUCGAGGUGGAGAACCUUCACGGCCAUGAGAAAAACCCACAAGAUAAUGACCGUGAACCUCCCCAGGACCCGGAGGAGAACCGCCGCUUUAGUGUCCAGGACCCGAGGAGAGUCACCGUCUUGGCCUUCAGGGCCGGGAGGACAACCGACGUCACAGUCUUCAAGACCCGGGGGAAAACCACCGUCCUAGUCAACAGGACCUGAGGAGAACCACCGUCAUAGUCUCCAGGACCCGGAAGAGAACCACUUGAAACUACUCCAGAACCCGGAAGCAAUACUCUAGAACCCGGAGGUGCUACUCCAGAAGAUGAUGAAAACCUGCUCCAAAACUCGGAAGAUAAGCUCCCCUAAGACGUGUUUCAACAGAACCUGGACCACAUACUCCGUCCCCUUGGGUUCAUCAGCUCCCAGAUCAUCUUGACUAACACGGUUUAUGGUGGUUUAUAUACAAUAGUCUAGUACAUUGUUUUGAUGUUAACGUAAUUGAAAAAAGUGACUUUGGUAAGUGUUCUCCAUAUACAAGGAUAUUAUAUUUUUACAUUGAUUUUAAAUUUUCACUACGUGGUUUGUUUUAAAGUUCUGUCUACCUUGGACAGAGAUAAUAGUGGAGUUCCUUCUGUGAACUCCACAUUAAUGGAUGAUUGUUCAUUGAUAACCUGAAGUUUUAAUUGUUUUAAAGUGUUGAUUGAGUACUUCGGAAUGCGAAAUAAA